AUGGGCACCAACCUCACGACCGGAGGACAGCCCGCACCGCCCGUCUUCGAGCAGAUAUUCCGAAAUGCCCGGUUCGCGCAGGGCGGCAACGCGCUGUUCGAGGGCUGCGUGCGCGGCACCCCACGACCCACGAUCACAUGGACGCGCCAGGGACGACCGAUCUACGAUUCGAACAAGUACCAGUUGAAGUAUAACCCGACAUCCGGCGAGGUCAGUCUGAUGAUCUCGCGGAUUGGCCCAGGAGACGAGGGAGAGUACACGUGCCUGGCCAAAAACCAGUACGGAGAGGCCAUCUGCACAGUCUACAUACAGCCCGAGGCUGCGUACCUGCAGCAGCAACAGCAACAGCAACAGCAACAGCAGCAGCAGCAGUUGCAGUUGCAGCAGCAGCAGAACGUUCAGCAGCAGAGUUUUCAACAACAACACUUUCAGCAGCAGCAUUUCCAGCAGCAGCACAUCCAACAGCAGCACUAUCAGCAGCAGCAGUUCCAGCAGCAGCAGUAUCAUCAGCAGAGCAUGCAGCAGCAGAGCAUGCAACGGCGGAUGAUGGGCCAGCAGCAGACCAUGCAGUAUCACCAGGAGAUGAGCUCCACCACGGACUCGGCCGGACACUCCACCACGGCGCCGUUCGCGGCCCCGAUCGGACAGCCGCCUGUGCAGCAGCAGGCGGAGGAGUUCCGGGUGGACACCUUUGAGUACCGUCUGAUCCGUGAGACUGAGUUCCGCGAGUCACUCACCCGCCGCUACGCUGGUGAGACUGAGACUGAGACCGAGGUGGAGACAGAGACCGAGAGCCGCCAGCCGGGUCCUCUCAGCCCGCCGCAGGUGCAGACCAAGCCACGCGCCACCAAGGUCAACCAGAACGGCGACGCCACCUUCCAGGCGCGUCUGGUCGGCAACCCCAAGCCCAAGGUGACUUGGUUCCAUAACGGCGUGCGCGUGCGGACCGGUACGCGCGCCGCGGCGUCUCACAGCAACUCAAACGCGGUGCUGCGACUGCGCUCAGUACAGCCCGAGGACUCCGGACACUACACGAUGCUGGCGGAGAACGCUGCCGGCUGCGUGGUCAGCUCGGCCUACCUCGCGGUGGAGCCGGCCGCUGACCUCAACCGGCAGGGAGUCACCACCACGCAAAGAACCGCAUACUCUGCGACGGAGGAGACGGCGACAGAGGACCGGACCCUGGCGCCCACCUUCCUCCGGGUACCCACCGACAAGGAGACCCAGGAGGGCAAGAUGGUGCGACUCGAGUGCCGCACAUCCGGCAAACCCAGUCCAGAGGUUUUCUGGUACAUCAACGGCCUCCCCAUCGUCAAUGACGCCACGCACAAGAUCAUGGUCAACGAAUCCGGAAGUCACGCGCUCAUGAUCACCAACGCCACGCAGCGAGACUCGGGCGUCGUCACAUGCGUCGCCAAGAACAAGAACGGGCAGACACAGUUCCAGGUGAACCUGAACGUGCUGGAGCGCGAACAGGUGAUCGCUCCCAAGUUCGUGGAGCGUUUCCAGACGGUGCACGUCCGGCCCGGCGAGCCCGUGUCUCUCAGCUGCCGGGCGGUGGGCGCACCGACACCCCGCAUCACGUGGCAGAAGGACGGUGCAACCAUCGACAGCUCGGCCGACGUACGCAUCGUGACCGAUGGAGGAGCCUCCAUGCUGGACAUUCCAUGCGUGCGACCCGAGGACGGCGCGUGGUACCAGUGCACCGCGCAGAACGCCGCCGGCAGCACGGCCACGCGGGCCAAGCUGUACGUCGACACGGGUCCGGCGCCUCCGGCGGGAGAGCCGUGGAGACUGCACCUGCCCAAACCGACCAGGGUAAUCGAGCCAGAGCCGCCUCAGGAGUCAGAGAUUAUCCACCUUCGGCACGUGGAGCGGUCGCGACCGAAGCCGCAGCGUGCCGAGGAGGAGCGUCCCGUGCACCCUCCGCAGUUCACCCACCCGCUGAGGGAUGUCGCCGUCAGCGAGGGAGACAGGAUACUGCUGGAGGCCAAGGUGGUACCGCUCGGUGAUCCGACCAUGAGGAUCGAGUGGUACAUCGACGGACAGCCGCUGCCGGCCAGUUCGCGGGCGACGCUGACGGACAAGUUCGGCUAUGUGUCUCUGAGUCUGCUGUCGGUCGUUCGUCAGGACACCGGGACCUACACCUGCCGUGCGGUCAAUCAAGCGGGGUCAGCCGACACGACCUGCACGGUUUCUGUAGGACCUCGCUCCACGAUCGAGACCAAGUCGCAGCACCCGGAGAGUCUGCAGCCGAUCCAGCAGCUGGAGGACAACUCGCGCUACGUGCUCAAAUCCGCCUCCAUGGAGAUGACCAGCAUGCGGCCCACCUUCGUGCACGAGCUGCGGGACGUCUCUGGCGUCACGGAGGGCUCGUACGCCCACUUCGAGGCGCAAAUCAACCCCGUGUCCGAUCCGUUCAUGAGGAUUGAAUGGUUCAAGGACGGAAUACCCCUUACAGCGAGCUCCCGGAUCUCCACCAUUAACAACUUUGGCUACCUUGCCCUGAACAUCAACCAGCUCCGACCGGAAGACUCGGGUGUCUACACUGUUCGCGCCACCAACAAGGCGGGUGACUCGAGCAGCCAGGCGAGUCUGACGGUCAGCGUUCCCGACUCGGGCGUGACCGGCGAACUGGGCAUCCCCGAGCAGCAGCGGUACAUCCAGUCCGUGGAGCAGCUGGAGGCCUACAAACAGUCCAUCUACCAACAGGUGACAUCGGAGCUGGAGGAGAAGACGGUGCCGCCCAACUUCACCCAGCCGAUCCGGGACGCGCCGGCGGUGCCCGAGAACGGCACGGCGCACUUCGAGGCGCGCCUCGAGCCGAUGGGAGACGCCACCAUGACCAUCCACUGGCUCAAGGACGGCAGACCGCUCGAAGCCAGCUCCCGUAUGACUACCUUCUUCAACUUCGGCUACGUCAGCCUGACCAUCAAGCAGGUCAGCGUGUUCGACACGGGCGUGUACACGUGCGUGGCGCGUAACGCGGCCGGUCAGACGCAGUGCCAGGCUCGCCUGCAGUGCGUCGGCAGGCAGGACGUCCUCCACGAGAGCAACAUGGAGAGCAUGCAGAAGAUCCAGUACCUCGAGGACUCCAGCCGGUACCAGCGUACUGAGGAGGAAGACAUCACCGUCACCAAGAUGCCGCCCAAGUUCCUCGGACCCAUCAAGGGAACCAACGUCAUCCGGGAGGACCAAAAGGCCCACUUCGAGGCUCGCCUCGAGCCUCAGAACGAUCCAACGAUGAAGACGGAAUGGUUCCACAACGGCAGGCCACUGACUUCGGCCAACCGGAUUCAGACGUUCCUCAACUUCGGCUACGUUGCGCUGGACAUCAGCGCCGUGAAACCGGAGGACGCCGGCACCUACACGCUGGUGGUGACCAACGCGCUCGGACGCGAGCAGCAGCAGACCCAGAUGAAGGUGGAAGCUCGGAGCGCCAUCGACACCACGUCCAUCCACCGGACUGUGGUGGAGAAGACGGACCGACUGGAGCGGUCCAAGUUCCAAGAGCCGCAGUACGACGUCGGCGACUACUGCAAGUCCAAGCCGCACUUCACCGAGCCGCUCAGGGACAUGCCGCCGCAGGCGGAGGGUCGCGGUGUGCACCUCGAAUGUCGCCUGGAGCCGCAGAACGACCCGACCAUGAAGGUCGAGUGGUUCCAGAACGGUCGGCCCAUCACCAUCGGACACCGGUUCCGUACCUACUCAGACUUCGGGUUCGUGGCGCUCGACAUCCUCGACCUGACGACGGCCGACUCUGGCGAGUACACGGCGCGCGCCACCAACCAGCUCGGCUCGGCGCACACUUCAGCCACCGUGCCGGUGCGGUCACAUGCUGACGUCGAUACGGAGACGCAGCACGAGGGGGCGCUGGACCAGAUCCAGUACCUGGAGAGUGGCUCGCGACUCACCAGACAGAUGACCACAGAGACCAUGGUGGAUCAGGCACCCACCUUUACCAAGCCCCUGCGCAACAUCGAGACGAUGGAGGGAACGAACGUGCACCUCGAGUGCCGUCUACAGCCAGUGGGCGACAACAGCAUGAGGGUAGAGUGGUUCGUCAACGACAAACCGCUCAAAGUCGGUCACCGCUUCCGUCCUGCUCACGACUUUGACUACGUGGCCCUGGACCUACUGAGUGUGUACGCCACCGACUCGGGAAUGUACACGUGCCGGGCCACCAACCGGCUGGGACAGGCGGUCACCUCCGCGGCCGUCCGCGUCAUCGCGCAUCACGCCAAGACAAAUCAAACAGCUGACGCUGCCAAGAACGACAUGUACACGAACCACCCGUCCUCGCUGGAGCAGAUCCAGUACAUUGAGGACUCGAGCCGCUAUCAGCGCAAGGAGUGGGCCGAUGAGAUGGUGCAGGUCAAACCCAAGUUCACCACACAGCUCAAACACCAGGAGAACCUGCGUGAGGGUCAGACGGCCCACUUUGAGGCCAAGCUGGAGCCGGUGGCAGACGCUAACCUGCACGUCGAGUGGCUCAGAGACGGAAAACCCAUCACCGUCGGUCACCGUCACCGUCCGCUGCACGACUUUGGGUACGUGGCGCUGGACAUUGUCGGCCUGAUCGAGGAGGAUAACGGCGUCUACACGUGUCGCGCCACCAACAACCAGGGCGUCGACGAGACAUCGGCCAUCCUGCGCUGCUCCAGCAGCACCAAGGUGCUGACCAGCUCGCAGCACGAGUGCGGUCUGGAGCAGGUCCAGUACCUGGAGGACCGCUCCCGACUGACGCGCUCCGAGACACUGGACGAGGUCACCACGCAGGCCCCCGUGUUCACCACCUCUCUGAGCAGCGUGUCCAUCAAGGAGGGCCAGCGGGCGCACUUUGAGUCGCGCCUGAUCCCCGUCUCGGACCCGACCAUGACCGUCCAGUGGUUCCACAACGGACGGCCCGUCAAGGCCGGAUCACGGUUCAUGGAGACAAACAGCUUCGGUUUCGUGGCUCUGGACAUCAUGUACGCCUACCCCGAGGACCAGGGAACCUACACGUGCAAAGCCACCAACGCCCUGGGAGAGGCCGUCACGCAGGCCACCCUCACCUGUGCAAGUAAAACAGCCAAGGGCGCCAUCGACCAGGGUACACUGCACGAGCAGGCUCUGGACAAGCUCCGCUACCUGGAGCAGAAGGCGCGGCCGGCACACGAUGCCGAGGAGAGCACCGCACAGGCACCAGUCUUCACCCAGCCCGUGCGCGAUGUCCGGCUCGUCGAGGGCCAGCCGCUGCACUUCGAGGCGCGCCUCAUCCCCGUCGGAGACGCCAACUUGCGCGUGGAGUGGUUCAAGAACGGCGUGCCGCUCCAGCAGGCUAACCGCAUAUCGACGCUGCACGACUUUGGUUUCGUGGCGCUGGACAUGAAGUACACCCAGGAGGAGGACUCUGGCACCUACACGUGCCGUGCCACCAACGAUCUCGGCCAGGCAGUAACCUCCGCCACCGCAGUCAUCCAGUCCAAGGACUCGCUGCUGAUGGAGACGCAGAACGCCAGCUCUCUGGAGAAGUUGCGUCAGCUGGAGGGACGGGCGUUCACCCGGACCGAGAUUGAGGAGACUGUCGUCACUGAAAAACCACGGUUCGUGACCGAGCUGACGGGCCCCACCAGCCUGGUGGAGGGCCAGUCGGCACACAUGGAGGCGCGCAUCGAGCCCUACCCCGACCCCGACAUGAAGGUCGAGUGGUUCCACAACGGAAAGGCGGUCGGCACCGGUCACCGGUUCCGCACCGUCAACGAUUUCGGCUUCAUCGCGCUGGACGUGCUCUCCGCGUACGCCGAGGAUUCUGGCGAGUACACGGCCAAGAUCACCAACCGGCUCGGCUCGGCCACCUCGACCAUCAACAUCAAAAUACAAGCGCGCGCCUCGCUGAUCCAGGAGACGCAGCACCCGGCCGCGAUGCAGAAGAUCUCCUACUUAGAGUCGGACCGCCGACGGGAGGUGCACGAGGAGACCGCCUCCCUGGAGAAGCCCGUGUUCGGCCGGCCACUGCGGAACGCCGCCCUGGCCGAGGGUCAGAGCGCGCACCUGGAGGCCACGCUGACACCGGUCAACGACGCCACCAUGAAGGUGGAAUGGUUCUACAACGGACGGCCGAUCCCGCAGGGUCACCGGUUCCGUACCACAUACGACUUCGGCUACGUGGCGCUGGACAUUCUAUACACCUACCCGGAGGACUCCGGCACCUACAUGUGCAAGGCCACCAACGCCGCCGGCGAGGCGGUCACCACGUGCCAAGUGACCGUUGAAGGAAAACAGGGCCUAUGUCUGGACACGCUCGAUGCCGCGCGACUGGAGAAGAUCCGCAGUCUGGAGGCGACGGAGGCGAUCCGCCCCGAGGAGGCCGCCCCAGAGAUGCAGAAACCAGUCUUCACCACUCCACUCAACAACCUGGAGAACCUUCAGGAAGGUCAGCACGCUCACCUCGAGUGCCGCCUGGAGCCCAUCAACGACCCCAAACUGCGCGUGGAGUGGUUCGUCAAUGGAAAGGAAAUCCGGACAGGACACAGGUUCCGGACAACUCACGACUUCGGCUACGUGGCGCUGGACAUUCUAUAUUCCUACCCGGAGGAUUCGGGCACCUACAUGUGCAAGGCCACCAACGAGCUUGGAGAGGCCGUCAACACAUGCACGAUUCGGGUCAACGAUCGAGCACGCCGCUCAAUCUAUCUGGAUACACAGCACCCGGAGGGCUGGCAGAAGAUCCGCGACCUCGAGUCUCGCGAGACUCAGCGCCCGGAGGAGGCGGAAGAGCCCAAGGAGGCGCCGCGCUUCGUCCAGGAGCUCCGGGGUCAGAUCCAGCUGGCGGAGGGUGGCUCAGCGCACAUGGAGGGUCGCAUCGAGCCGCUGCACGACUCGGACCUGCGCGUCGAGUUCUUCCACAACGGGAAGCCGCUGCAGUCGGCGUCGCGGUUCCACACGACGUUCGACUUCGGCUACGUGUCGCUGGACAUCGGCGGCCUGGUGGAGGAGGAUGGCGGCGAGUACACCUGCCGCGCCGUCAACAAGGUCGGCGAGGCCACAUCCAGCCUCACCAUACAGGUUCUCGACAAGGAGAAGAUCAUCUCGUCGACGCAGCACCCGGAGGGUCUGGAGGCGAUCCGCCAGCUGGAGCAGCGUUCCCCGGAGGUGCGCCAGGAGGAGGCGGCCACCUACCAGAAGCCCAUGUUCACCCAGCCCCUGCAGAGCGACAACCGCCUGGACGAGGGACAGGCGGUGCACCUGGAGGCGCGCCUCAUCCCCGUGGGCGACCCCAAACUCAAAGUCGACUGGUUCAGGAACGAGCAGCCGCUUCAGUUCGGUUCCCGGUUCAAGCCAACGCACGACUUUGGCUACGUGGCGCUGGACAUUGCCGGUCUGCGACCCGAGGACGAGGGCGUCUACUCGUGUCGCGCCACCAACGAGCUCGGAGAGGCCGUCACCACCGCCUCCAUCCGCAUCAAGUCCGAGGCCAACAUCGUGCUGGACACGCAGCACCCGGGCUCGAUGGCCAAGCUGGCCGCGCUGGAGCAGAAGGCGCCCGGGGAGCCGGCAGAGACCGAACAGGAGUUCGAGAAGCCCGUGUUCACCAUGCCGCUCACCGGGCCCACCGAGCUCAUCGAGGGUCAGCACGCGCACUUCCAGGCUCGCUGCGUGCCCGUCGGUGACCCCAGCCUGCGCUUCGAGUGGUACUGCAACGGCGUCGAGCUCAAACUCGAUGGAGGCUCUCGCAUCAAGGAGACGCACGACUUUGGCUUCAUCACGCUGGACAUCAUGUCUGUGAUCCCCGAGGACGCCGGCAUGUACAUGUGCAAGGCCAUCAACAAGGCCGGCGACGCCGUCACCACCACCUCACUGCACGUGCACGACCGCAGCAGCGUGCUGGGUGACGCCAUCCACGCCACGGCCUGGGACAAGAUCCAGCUGAAGGAGGCCGAGAUGAACCGCGUGCCCGAGAUGUACGUGGAGGAGCGACCGCAGCAGGCGCCCGUGUUCACCACACACCUGCAGAGCCACGACCGGCUCACUGAGCAGCAGAGCGUCCACCUGGAGGCCACCGUCGAGCCCAAGACCGACCCCAACCUGCGCGUCGAGUGGAGCAAGAACGGCGUGCCGCUCAUGACCGGCGCGCGUCUGAGGAGCACGUUCGACUUUGGCCUAGUGACGCUGGACAUCAUGAGCCUGCGAGGCGACGACUCGGGCAUCUACACGUGCCGAGCCGUCAACCAGAUGGGAGACGCCGUCUCCACAUGCACACUCAAGGUCGAAGACAAGCACUGGCUGCUGGGUCAGUCUCAGAGACCCGAGGCGCUGCCGGCCAUCGCUCAGCUGGAGCUGGGACGUGGCCCGGCCGAAGCGACCUCGCCCGAUGUCACCUUCGAGCUGCCCGUCUUCGUGUCACAUCUCAACGACGUGCAGUGCAACGAGAACGAGCGCGCCUGCUUCGAGUGCCGCGUCGAGCCGGCCAAGGACCCCAACAUGAAGAUCGAAUGGUUCCUGAACGGCGAGCCGAUGAAGAGCGGCUCCCGUUUCACGACCCACUACGACUUCGGCCUGGUACAGCUGGAGAUCGCCGACACCCUGUCGGAGGACGCCGGACUCAUCGUCUGCAAGGCCACCAACCAGAAGGGCUCGGCGCAGACCACCGGCACACUCCGGGUCAAGAGCUCAUCCGAAAUCUUCAAGGAGACUGGAGAAAAGCCACGCUUCGUUACACAGAUACAGAGCGUGGAGAACCUGCAGGACGGCGACUCGGCGCACUUCGAGUGUCAGCUGGAGCCCGUCGGAGACCCCGACAUGAAGGUGGAAUGGUUCCACAACGGCGCGCCUCUGCGCCACUCCUCGCGCAUCAAGGCCGUCUCCGACUUCGGCUACGUCCUUCUCGACAUCGCCUACGGCCAGACGGAGGACUCUGGCGAGUACGAGUGCCGCGCCACCAACAAGCACGGCUCGGACAGCACGCGCGCCACGCUGCGCUGCCAGGGCCGGGGCGGCGUAUUCCUCGACUCGCUGCAGCCGCAGGCGCUGAGACACAUCUCCGAGCUGGAGAUGACGCCAGAGGUGGACGGAAAGCCCCCGGCGCCCGGCUCGCAGGCGCCCAAAUUCACCAAACACGUCACCGAGAUCACCAACAUGGUGGAGGGCCACUCGGCGCACUUCGAGGCGCGCCUGACGCCCGUACACGAUCCUGACCUGACGGUGGAAUGGUACCGCAACGGCGAGAAGCUGCCGAGCGGCCACCGUUUCCGGACGUUCCACGACUUCGGUAUCGUCAUCCUGGACAUCCUCUACUGCUACGAGGAGGACUCUGGGGAGUACGAGUGCCGCGCCGUCAACAAGGCCGGCUCAGACGUCACCAAGGCCACGCUCAAGUGUGUGUCGAAGGAGAGCCUGAUCUUGACUCCACAGAUACCCAAGGAAAUGAGCGGUGGCCUGGAGAAGAUCCAGACCCUGGAGGACUCCACGCGGUUGACGCGCGAGGAGAAGGAGGACGUGACGACGCGCGUGGCGCCGCGCUUCACGGUGCCCUUCAACAACAUCGACGACCUGCGCGAGGGAGAGAACGCCCACUUUGAGGCGCGACUCACCCCCGUGGAUGACCCCAAACUGAAGACGGAAUGGUACCACAACGGCAAGCCGAUGAAGGCGUCCAGCCGGUACCGCACCUUCUGCGACUUCGGCUUCGUGAUCCUGGAGAUCUCUCCGGUGUACCCGGAGGACAGUGGCGAGUUCACGUGCCGAGCGUUCAACGAGGUCGGCGAGGCCACCAGCACCGCCGUCAUGAAGUGUUCCGGCAAGAGGAACAUCAUUCUUGAGAGCCAGCUGCCCAAGGGCAUGGAAACGAUGCAGAAGAUUGCUGACCUGGAGAAUCUGGGCAUCAAGCCGGUCAUGCCGGGCGAAACUGAGGAGGGCGCUCCACCGCAGUUCCUGACGCAGCCGGCCGACGUCAGUCUGGUGGAGAACCAGCUGGCGCACUUUGAGUGCCGCCUCACCCCGGUCGGAGACCCUACCAUGAGGGUCGAGUGGUUCCACAACGGACGGCCCCUGUCAGCAGGAUCGCGCGUCCGCACCAUCAACGACUUCGGCUACGUCAUUCUGGAGAUCGGCGGCAUCUACCAGCGCGACGCCGGUCUGUACACCUGCAAGGCCGUCAACAGGCACGGCGAGGCGUCAGUCUCCUGCUCCCUCACCGUCAAGGGCCGCCAGGGCGUCGUGUUGGAGCCGCAGAUGCCACACGGCAUGGAAGGUAUCCGCAAGCUGGAGGAGUCGCUCUACCACUCAGAGCAGGUGCCGGUGGAGGACGCCGCGCCGCAGCCGCCGCGCUUCGUCACAGAGAUCAAGAACCUCGAGUCUCUGUUCGAGGGCCAGCCGGCGCACUUUGACUGCCGCGUGGAGCCGGUCGGCGACCCCAGCAUGCGCAUUGAGUGGUUCCACAACGGACGGCCCAUCGACGUCGGAUCCAGGGUUCACUUCCUUGACGACUUCGGCUUCAUCGUGCUGGACCUGGACUGGACGUUCCCGCGCGACUCGGGAGAGUACGUGUGCCGUGCCACCAACAAGUGGGGCACCGCCACCACCAAGGCCACCCUCAUCUGCAAAGACGAAUUCCAGCGAUAUCUGGAGCAUUACAACCUGGAUCACCUCGCCCGGCUACCAGCGAGGAGGCUCUCACAGAUACUUUCCAAGCGGGACGUGGUGCUCGAGUCUCAGCUGCCCAAGGGCAUGUCUGGUGACCGUCUGCGAACCCUCGAGGAGGGGCCCAAGAUGGGCGAGCCGAUGGCACCGGAGGCGGAGGCAGAGCCGCCGCGCUUCGUCAAGGAGAUUGGCAACGUGGACGUUGGCGAGGGUGAGACGGCCUUCUUCGACUGCAAGGUGGAGCCCAAGAGCGACCCCAACCUGCGGGUGGAGUGGUUCAGGAACGGCGUCCAGGUCCAGACGGGCCACAGGUUCCGGACUACGUUCGACUUCGGGUACGCGUCGCUGCAGAUUCUGGGAGUAUACCCAGAGGACGGCGGCGAGUACACCUGCAGGGCCGUCAACAAGGUCGGACAGGCCACCUGCAAGAGUGCACUGACCUGCCGAGCCAUUUCGUCGGUGAUCAUGCUGACCCAGGUGCCGAAGGGCAUGAAGCCCGCCGACUACCUGAUGCAGAUGGAGGCCACCCUGAAGCAAUACACCUCGGAGAUCCACCUCACUGAGGAGGAUAUCUACGACGCCGACCGCAAACAGCCGCCGAGGUUCGUCACCCAGAUCCAGAGCCAGCCGAACUUGGUGGAGAUGGAACAGACCAAGUUUGAGUGCCAGCUGGCGCCCGUUGGAGACCCCAACAUGAAGGUCGAGUGGUUCUUCAACGGCAGACCACUGCCAUACAAGAACCGCUUCACACCGAUCUACGACUUUGGUUACGUGGCGAUGAACUUUGGCUGGGUGUACCCGGAGGACUCUGGGGAGUACCUGUGCCGCGCCACCAACCUGUACGGCAUGGACGAGACCAAGGCCAUCAUCAAGACUAAGGGCAAGCCGGGUAUCGUGUACGAGUCCCAGCUGCCGAAGGGCAUGGAAUCUGUCAAGAAGAUCCAGGAGAUGGAGUCCCACUGGAACCGGGCGCCCGACGCGCCCCUGGAGGAGGAGCGCGCCCGCGAGGCGCCCGUGUUUGUCACCAAGCCGGAGCCGGUGACGGUGAACGAGGGCGACUGGGCGCGCUUCUGCUGCCGAGUCACCGGCCAUCCGCGACCCCGCGUCAUGUGGCUCAUCAACGGACACACCAUCGUCAACGGCACACGCUACAAGCUGACCUACGACGGUAUGUGGCGACUGGACAUCCCCAAAACUCGUCAGUACGACCACGGCAAGAUCGAGGUCGUCGCCCGCAACUCUGCCGGCGAGGCCUACUGCUCCUGCGAGAUCAACAUCAACGCUCGGCAGGACGACUACCGUGCCGUCCUCAAGAACUCGCCGAAACCCUGGUAUGACUAUGACCUGCGACAAUACCAGAGCGAGCGCCAAGAGGUGGAGACCGAGCGGGUCUUCGAAGAGAAAGUGCGGCCCGGCAUAUCUGUUCUCUAUCAGGGAGAACACAGCAAAGUUGUGGAGGAGCCCGAGGCGCCCAGGCGGUCCAAGCGGGGCUCUGACGCUUCAGACGUCGGCAAACAGCUGCCGCAAGAAAGAACCCCGCUCGGCUCUGUGGCCAAGGGCAUGGCGGCUAUCUACGUCCAGAAACUGGCUGAGGCAGGACAGAAGCCGGGAGCAGCCCGACCUGGCACAGCCUCAGCGCCCACUGAACCCGCAGCACCCGGAAAGGAGGCGCCAGGCCGUGCACCGAUCUUCACCCGUAAGAUGCAGCCGAGCCGGGCUUUCGAGACGAACGGGGCCCGGUUCGACGUGGACUUUGUGGGCGUGCCACCGCCCGAGAUCACGUGGUUCCGAGAGGACUUCCCGAUCACGCCCAGCCACGACUUCAAGGUCACCACCACCGGUCGGCACUCGACGCUCGAGAUCCGGGAGGUGUACAGCGAGGACUCGGGUCAGUUCUCGUGCGUGGCCUCUAACGAGCACGGCCAGGUGCGCUGCUCCGCAAACCUGGUGGUGGAGGAACGUCCACUGCCGCACGGUGUCCAGGUGCCGCCCAACUUCACCCAGACCCCGCGCGACGUGCAGCUCUGGCCCGGCACCAAGGUUGUCACGUUCGAGGCCAAGCUGGCCGGAACGAAACCGGUCGACGUCUACUGGCUGAAGGUGAUAGAGAAAAUUGCGGAGGACCACGUGGAACCUGACGGUCGCCACAAGGUGGCCAGCGACCGGGACACCUACACGCUCACUGUGCUGGAGCCGACUGCCGACGACUGCGGGCCGAUCGAGUGUGUGGCCAUCAACGCGUCGGGAGCCGCGCUGCCAGGCUGA